AUGGCCGAGUCUCAGGUCCAGUGUUUGGACGACGAACACGUCAACGAGAAGAUCCCGGAGUCCCGUCCGGCGUUUUACUACAGCGAGGAGCAGCGCGCCGCGCUGGACCAGCUCCUGAGGAACGGCGACGGCGCCUUCAAGAUGCGCCUGAAGGAGGACAACACCCGAGACUUCCUCUCGGCCCGGGAGAUCAAGUGGAUCCGCAAGAACUUCAGGGAGUACGACACGGACAGCGACUCCGAGUCCAGCGAGAACCACGACAAGUCCCGGGGGUCGGUCAGCGCCGACUCCGGGGUCCACUCCACCUACUGGCCCCAGAUGUCGGACACCGCGGUGCCCUCGCUGGACAUCGGCUGGUCGGGGGGCGGCGCGCUGUACAAAGGGGUCACCCGGGUGUCCGUGUACACCCACCCCCCCAAAGACAACAGCCCGUACAUAAAGGAGGUGGUGAGGAGGCUCAUCCAGGAAUCCAGCAAGGUGGUGGCCAUAGUCAUGGACCUCCUGGCGGACCUACAGAUCCUUCAGGACCUGCUGGAUGCGUCGGCGAAGCGAGGCGUGGCCAUCUACGUGGUGCUGGAGGCCACGGGAGUCCCCCACUUCCUGGAUAUGUGCAGCCGGCUGCAGAUCAGCGCCGUGCACCUACGGAACCUGCGUGUGCGGACAGUGAAAGGCACUGGGAUGGCCCUGUCCUUCGGCAAGCUGCCGGGCUCACUGUGCUCCAAAUACAUGCUGGUGGAUGGAGAAAAAGUCAUGUUUGGGUCCUACAGCUUCACCUGGACAUCUUCACGUAUAGACAGGAACACGAUCACGGUGAUGUCGGGACAAAUUGUGGACUUCUUUGACACCGACUUCAGGGAGAUGUACGCCACAUCUGAACAAGUGGACCUCUACAAGGAGUUCAACAUCACCAAGCCCCCUAUGCCGGCACCGGUCAUGAAGCCGGUGGAGCAAAUACAGCCCCUAUCUGUCUCCACCUCCCGCUUCCAGGUAUCUGUUGGGGAAUUUAGACAGCCUGACCUGAAGGUGCCUGCGCAUAAAUAUCACAAUCCCAAAUACUCUUUGGUGGUGGGGAACAGUCUGGCCCGCACGUGUUCCUUACAGGAACUGUCCACCCAGAGAGACUUGCCAGCUGGCGGACUCCCACAGACGAAUGGCUUGCAGAAAAAGUUACCCAAUGCCAGCGGGGGCAGUAGUGAGAAGCUUGACAGGGUCUCUCCGCAGUCACCCAGUUCACCCGUGGAGGAAGGGGAAGGGAAAGGGGGGGUGAAGAAGCAGCAGCACAGCCCCGGAGAUAAAAAACAACGCACCUCCUUCAGGCUUUUCCAGAAGGCCAAAGGAAUCAACCGUAGCCCAGAGACUAUAGAGGAGGGCACGGUCACGCCACAGAACCCGUCCCCGAGCCGCAAAACCUCAGAGGCCGAUGGUGCUGAGACCGGUGAGUUGGAGGACCGGUUUGAAAUAAUAGAGAAACCGUCUUUGGUGAAAUCCAAGAUCAAGAAACCCACGAAGCUUGGGCCAAGAAGUAUGUCUCUGCAGACCAUCAACACAGGAGAUGCAGAGGGAUUCAAAGGCCGCAAGCGUCAUCAAAAGAAGAACUGCAUUCAGUCCUGA